GGUGUCACAUCCAGCAGCAUAUCAGUCCCAUCAAGCAAGAGGAUCCAGUUAAACAGCAAUGAAUUACUUUUUCAAUGAAAGCCAGUAUGACACUGACUACGAGGAUGAAGUCUGCGAAAAAGCUGAGGUGGUCAAAUUUGGAUCCAUUUUCAUUCCUGUGUUCUUCUUUGUUGUGAUCAUGCUAAGUCUCAUGGGAAACAUCCUUGUCCUUGUAAUCCUGGCUAUGUACGAAAACCUCAAGUCUCUCACCAACACUUUCAUCCUAAACCUUGCCAUCUCUGACCUCGUAUUCACCAUCGGUCUCCCCUUCUGGGCAAUUUACCACAUCUGGGGAUGGCUGUUUUCAGAGGCCCUCUGCAAAAUUGUCACUUUUGUCUUCUUCACUGGAUUUUACAGCAGCAUCCUCUUCCUGACCAUCAUGACCAUCUACAGGUAUCUGGCCGUGGUCCACCCUCUGUCUGACCUGAGCACACCAAAACUCAGCACUGGGAUUUUUGUGUCUUUCCUACUGUGGAUAAUCAGCAUUGGAGCAGCCAUGCCUUCCCUGCUCCACAGCUCUCUGGUCUCGAUUCCCCACAAUGGUUCACAGUCCCUGGGCUGUGAAUAUGAUUCUACCCUGUGGAAAAACAUCAGUAUCUCCCAACAGAAUAUUUUCUUCUUGGUUGCUUUUACAGUGAUGGCUUUCUGCUACAUUCAAAUACUAAGGAGAAUCACAAGAACAAGAUCUCACACAAAGAACAGAGCAGUGAAGUUGGUCUUCUGCAUCGUUGCUGUGUUCUUCCUCGGCUGGGUGCCGUACAAUGUGGUCAUCUUUCUGAGGAUCAUGGCUGACAAUUUGGUUGCACCAUUUGAUGACUGUAAUGCAAGUAUAGACCUCGACUAUGCGUUCUAUGUGUGCCGGCUCAUUGCUUUCUCCCACUGCUGUCUGAACCCUGUCUUUUAUGCAUUUGUUGGUGUGAAGUUUAGGAGUCAUUUGAAGUCUCUGCUGCAGCGAAUGUUCAUUUGCCAAAGUACAGUUGAAGAACAGCAGGUUAAAAUGCGAAACUUCUCACGUGGAUCAUUGUACUAGUUGCAUUUCCUGCUGCACUGCAAAAAUCCAGUGUGCAUUUGGUAAAAUUUGUAGCAAGCUGCACUCAAUAUUCAACUCUGACUUUUUGUGUUUACGGCUGUGUCUGUGUGUGUUAAAUUUCAUCAUUUGUUUACAUGCAAUGCAACUUGAAUUGUUCCAUAUGUUUAUUUAUCAGCACUUUGAAAGGAUGCUAUGUUUUUUAUGGCCAUGUAAAAUAAUAUCAUCAGUCACAGUGGAAGUGGAGCCAUUUUAGUAAAUAUAUGUUCACAGUGCAAAAUGAUUUAUUAUGAAGUUCAUUUAAUAUUAUACACACUCUCAUUUUUGUGAGAGUAAGUUUUCUCUUAUGUAUUUGCAUUUCUUAUUCCCUCUGUGCAAUAAAGACGAUAUUGACUUUU